AAGAACAUUUCUUGAAAUCAAUCUGGAAUGGGGGAUUCCAUUCAACAUGGAAAACGCACCUUUCAUGUUGUUGUCACAGUUGAAGUACCUGAGAGCCUUGUCGUUCAAUAGCUUUCCUCUAGAGUCUGUACCUGAUUCAAUAGGUGAGUUGAUUCAUUUGCGUUACUUGGAUCUGUCCGAGACCUACAUUGUUACAUUGCCGGAGUCAUUGGGUAACCUGUAUAACUUGCAGACCUUGAAGUUGUAUAGGUGUAGAAAUCUGAAAAUGCUACCUGUUUGCAUGAAAGACCUUGUCAAUUUGCGCCAUCUUGAUAUUAGAGUGACUCAGUCAUUGCAUGAGAUGCCGAAAGGCAUGAGCCAGUUGAAAAAUUUGCAGUUUUUAAGCGACUAUGUUGUUGGGAAGCGUGAAGAGAACAAGAUCACAGAAUUGGGAGUACUUGCAGAUCUACAGCAAUCAAUUUCCAUUGCCGGUUUGGAGAAUGUGGUGAACAGCAGUGAAGCUUCGAUGGCAAGAAUGUUUGAUAAGGAUGGCAUUUGCUCUUUGGAGUUGAGUUGGUCGCCAGAUGAAGAUGAGAAUGAAGUUGAUUCCCAAAUAGAAAGAGAUAUACUGAACGAGUUACAACCUCAUUGUAAUUUGAAAAAACUAGAAAUCGAGGGUUAUAGGGGUACAACCUUUCCAGAUUGGUUGGGACAUUCUUCCUACCACAACAUCACCAGAGUAAAACUGGAUGGUUGCAGGAAUUGUUGUAUGCUUCCUUCACUUGGACAAUUGCCCUCUUUGAAGCACCUUGAAAUUGGAUUUUUUGAAAGUCUGGGGAUUGUGGGUGCUGAGUUUUACUUUUACGAGAACGAUGAAUCUUGUGUGGAGACACCACCAUUUCAAAAGCUUGAAACUCUUUUGUUUAAGUCAAUGCCUUGCUGGAAGGAGUGGCGUUCAUUGGUGUUCAAUGCAUUUCCUCGACUUAGGGAGCUUACCAUAUGGAAGUGUCCGUCGUUGAGAGGAGAUUUGCCCAUUCAUCUAUCAUCUUUGCAAUCACUUAAGAUUGAGAAGUGCGAUGAGCUGAGUUGUUGUGUUCCAAGGGCUCCUGCGAUUACCACUCUUUCAAUUUCAGGAAAGCAUCUAGUGGGGUCCGUGGUGGAGGCCAUUACCAACACGCAACUCACUUGCCUCACUUCUCUACGCAUCUCAGAUUGUUCCUCCCACAUAUGGUUUCCAGUGAGUGCUAUUCCCCCAUCACUACAAGAGUUGUGGAUACGGGAUUGCAGAAAAUUAGAAUUCGAAAUGGAUGGCCAACACCACUCACUUCAGGAACUAUACAUACGUAGCAGCUGUGAUUCACUUGCGUCCUUCUCCUUGUUGGAUUCCUUUCCGAAUCUCGUGCGUAUUCAUAUCAAUUACUGUGGAAACAUGGAGUCUAUUGUGGUGUCACGCUCUCUUUCAUGUCUCCGUUAUUUAUGGAUCAACCAUUGUGGGAGUAUGAAAUCCGUGUCGACGAUAUGGAUGGCAGCACCUCAGCUAGAGCAUCUCGAAUUAGUGGGUUGCCCAGAGAUCGAUUUGUCUGCUCCAGGGGUUCCACACCGUAGCCUCAGAUAUCUUGGAAUCAGCUACUGCGAGAAACUAGUGAGCACUGCAGUUUUCAUGAAUUCACAAUUUCAAGGGCUUAUUCAUCUUUCGAUUGAAGGUGAAUAUAAGGAGAGUGUGAAGUGCCUCCCAAAGGAAGGUUGGUUGCCUGCCUCACUUGAGUCUCUGGAACUCAAACGCAUUAAAAGUGUGGAGACGUUGGAAUGCAAGGGACUUGCCCACCUCACCUCCCUCCAACAUUUAACUAUUAAUGAAUGUCCCAAGUUGGAGAAUAUGGAGGGUGAAAAGCUGCCUGCCUCUCUAACACAACUCAACAUCUGGGGAAGCCCUUUGCUGGGCAAACGGUGUGAGAUGAAGGAUCCACAGCUUUGGCCCAAAAUCUCCCACAUCCCUGCCAUUCAAGUUGAUGGCAGAUGGAUUUGGUAAUCCAACAACUUCAACAGAUGAUGAAAUCUACCGCGAGGAAAGUGUACAGUAUACCCUUGAAGUAUACCAGCUCAUAUGGGAAACAAUUCAAUAUUCGCUUAUCCAAAGGCAGAACUGAGAUUGAGGCUGCUGAUAAGCAAAGAAGGGAGUGCUCUGAUAUAGGCAUCACAAUUGGUGCAACAAUUUGAAGUUCUUUAUGAGGUUCAAGAUCCUUGAGAAUGCCAAACGGACACUCUCAAGGAUAAUAGAAGUCGCGCUGCGACUCCUUCUAAAGAAGUGGCUAGGAAUCAGUAAAGAAACUUGAUAUCAUGGUCACUGAGAUCUCCAUUGAUCUGAGUUUGAAUUACAAAUAUUGUUCACUCACUGUUUGUGGUGUAUGCUUUCCUUUCCUUUAAGUACUUCAUAGUUCUUAUGUUAGUAAGUAAUGUGUGAUUAGUUGUAACAUGGAAAGGGAUAACUUAGUUGUACUUGAAGAAGAGAGUAUUCAAUAAAUAGUAGAUGUUUUUGGCCCCAGUCCUAUUCCUUGAUGGCAAUGCCGAAGGGGGAUAGAGGCUGGUCCUUAACCAGGCACUUGAUGGCUAUGCUGGAGAGUCUUUGGUUGGGGGGUUAUUUUUCAAAAAAGAAUAAAAGGUGUAAGAUGGAAAGAUGUUUAUGGUUAACAAGAAGUCAAGAAUGAAGAAUUACUUCUUCCAGUGGCUUAA